AGUGAGCAAUGCAUUUUUGUAGAAAAAAAAAAAUCCAUAUUUAAAACGCUAUAAACAGUUUUGUGUAACUUCCGCUAUCUGUCAUACGCACGUUCACGAGAGACUGUCUUUGGAUGAAUGUAGGACGCCGGCGCAGCUCAUGCGCAUGUGAUUCUCGCGAAAACCAAUGUUUGUUUACACGAGCAAAGUUUCCUUACUUUACCAAAGGAAAACCAGUCUCCUCUUGGCUUAUAUCGAAAUCCUCUGACAUUAUUCUUUACAAAUCCUUGUUUUGUGCUUCUAAUUUGUGACCGGCUUUUUGUUUUGUUCUCUCUCCGUUGCGUUUCUGUGUUCGUCACUAAUCCCCCCCCCGGAGCCAUGUGAGGCACGUUUUAUUAUGGUUGGAUGCGCUUUAUUUGACUACUUUUGGACUGUUGAACAAAAACACCCGCCCAUGCCAUUGCAAAGCUUGAAAGAGCCAGGACAAUUUUUAAUAUAACUCCGAUUGGAUUCAUCUGAAAGAAUAAAGUCAUAUACACCUAGGAUGAAUAAAACAUGGACUAAUUUUCAUGUUUGGGUGAAGUAGGGCUGCUCAAUUAUGACAAAACUCAUAAUCAUGAUUAUUUUGGUCAAUAUUGUAAUCACGAUUAUUUAACACGAUUAUUAGUGGGCCAUAUAACCAAAAAAAAAUUUCAAGCAAAUCUAAAGUAUUCAGUUAACAGCCUACUACAGAAAUUGAAUAAUCAAAUGUAAAAUAAACAGCAUAGUCUUCACUGUAAGAAUUAAACUUCCUUUGUUUCUUAUUAAAGCUACAAAAGACCUUCUGUGAAGAGCAGUUAGUGAUUUUCUCUUUGUCUUUUGUUGUUUGAUUAAUAUUAAGCACACAGUCGGCAGCAGGAAUAUAGCCUGCUGUCACUUUAAGAGCCGCACGGAUCCAAUUUACUGUUACACAAGCAUUUUCAUUCUCAACUCUUUACGUUCAUUUAUUACAUAACCGACGAGGUUUUACGUGAAUAAUCACUAAGCACCGCAUUUUGACACAUUUUGCAUGUAUUUGACCGUUUAGGCGCAUACGUUCAGCUAAAAGAUGACUUUACAUGUCCGUGCUCUGCUCCAUCUCUGAGCGCAUAACAGAAAUCCUCCCGAGGAAUAGCGCAAGUUCUCUUUCGUGCUUUUUAAAAACAUUAAUAAAUCUAAUCCACUUUAAUAACUCAAGCACGUCCCAUUUUGCAAAAGUCACGUUACAUGAUUUUACUGAUUUACACGUGAAAAUGGGCUUUUAUGGAGGAGUGAAAGCGCAGUGCUGGAAAGGAGGCGGAAUGGGGCGCAAUAAUCGUUUUAUCUCAAUUAUUGUAUUUUCAUAAUCGUUGGAUGCCGAAGUCGAAACUGAAUUUCGAUUAAUUGCACAGCCCUAGGGUGAACUAACCCUUUAGGAUGCAUUUUCAGUGAUCUGGUCACAAGUGUUCAGCCAAGGUGCAUUACUGUUUACACUUGUGAUGUUUGUAAUUGCCCCUUAUACCCUCAUUCACUAUUCCCUAAAUUAGUCCACUAAUAUAGUCCAGUUGAAGGAGUGAAUGAAAACAAAUGAGCAAAUUUGUACGCUAAGUGCACUGGAAGGGUUGCCACUUUUGCAUAGUUUGUGCUUGCUGUUUAAUAAACAUUUGAAACUUGGCAAACUGGCAGUUCCAGUAGUAAUGAAAAGAUUUAUCUUGAACUCUUUCAUGGAAACUAGCAUAUGUAUAACCCACAUUGGACAAGUGGUUAGGAAAAUGGAUGAAUGAAUGAUUCAGCUGCAGGCGCCAUCUUCUGGCGAGACACAGAAAUUAAUUCGGCACAACACUAACAUUGCAUUAUGGGUAUUCUCUAGCUAUUGAGUGUACAUUGGUUGUACACUCAUUAUUGCGGUGCAUUAUGGGAUUGAAUGUGUGAACUAAAUAACAUCCAUUAUGGUUUCGGACACCACUACAAAUGGCUGUGUCCCCUAUGGGGGCGAUUUUAGACACAACCCUGGUCUUAACAUGCGCUUUAAAUGUGUCUUCUGUGACUAUUUGAAGACUACAUCAGGGGUGUCCAAUCCUGUUCCUGGAGAUCUGCCGACCUGCAGACUUCAGUUCCAGAUUUGCUCCAACACACCUGCCUGUAUUUAUCACGUGCUCCUGAAGAUCUUAAUUAGCUGGUUCAGUUGUGUUGUGUUUGAUCAGGGUUGGAGCUGAACUUUGCAGGAUGGUAGAUCUCCAGGAACAUGAUUGGGCACCUCUGCUCUACGUCAUUUUCAUGGAUGCGCCAAAUGCGGUUCACAAAUACAAUUGAAUUAAAUGGAGCCAUUACGCUGCUUACGAGUGAGUGGGAAACCAAGAGAAUGUAAAGGGUACAAAUGGUAAAGCAAUUGUAAUCAAUGUGUUUUGGCAUAGCAUAGCGAAUGUGAAAUACAUUUUUUCUGGUGUGCUUUCUCAAAAGAAGCCCAAGGCGAGUCUUCGAAUGCAUUUGUCCACAUGAACAUCUACACUACGAAAGCAACCCUUUCAUAUCGGACCGUUCACAGAUGUAUUUAAUGUUGUGUUCUCAUGAGCAAACCACACAGAUAUGAAUACCACGUGUUUCAGUUCAUGUUCCUCUGUAGGUCCAUCUAAUUGGCUGAUGUGAGGGCUGAACCAGUUUUGUCUAGAAUCAAGGAGAACCACAAGAGGAUCUUACUGCCCUCCAUAGAUAACAUUAAAGACGAGACGUUUGAGCUGGAACGCUAUGAGAACUCAGGCCAUGGUUAUAACUGGGAGCUCUGGUGUAUGUAUAUCAGCCCACCGAAACAGUGGUGGGAUGAAGGAGACACUUCUGCACCUAUCAGGACGCCUGCAAUGAUAGGCUGCUCUUUUGUGGUAAACCGGGAAUACUUUGGGGAGUUGGGCCUACUGGACGCAGGGAUGGACGUGUAUGGAGGCGAAAAUAUAGAGCUGGGAAUCAGGGUUUGGCUGUGUGGGGGAAGCAUGGAAGUUCUGCCUUGUUCCAGAGUGGCCCAUAUUGCAAGAACAAAAAAGCCCUACCACAGUAACAUCGCCUUUCACACUAGGCGCAAUGCACUUCGGGUGGCAGAAGUCUGGAUGGACCAAUACAAAUCAAAUGUCUAUUUGGCAUGGAACCUCCCAAUGAAGAACCAUGGCAUUGACUAUGGAGACAUAUCCCAGAGACUAGAGCUCAGGAAAAGACUCCAGUGCAAAAACUUUGAGUGGUACCUCGACAAUAUCUAUCCAGAGAUGAGGACAUACAACAACACUCUCUUUUAUGGAGAGAUACGCAAUACCAAUGUGACCCAUCUGUGUGUGGACCAGGGCAUAAAGGAAAACCACACAGCAACUCUGCACCCCUGCCAUGGCUGGGGCCCUCAGCUGGGUCGCUACACUGAGGAGGGUUAUCUUUUCCUUGGUCCUCUGGGAAGCACUGGCGAAGAUACGCGGUGUGUGGUGGACGAUAAAAUCAGCAGCUACCCACAGCUCCUGAAUUGUGAGAAAGUCUCUAAUGUACGCCAGAAAACUUGGCACUUUGCACAGAAUGAAGCAAUCAUCAACCGAGCUACAGGACGCUGUCUUGAGGUAGUACCGGCUAAUGUCUACUUCGGCUACACUCUGAUCCUGCGUUCCUGCACUGGCCAGAAGUGGAACAUCAAGAAUUUGAUGAAACAGGACUGAGGGCAGUGAGUCAGCGACCUUAGAAAGUUGGGUAUCUCUAUGGCCUUCAUGGAACUUUUGAAAAUGGAUCCAGUUUUGUGGAACUCCAGGGGUGCUGAUCAUGUUUGCGUGUUUUGGGUUUUUGGACUUACUACAUUCCACGUUGCAAAAAAAUAAAGACACUCGAAGCACCACUGCAUACAGUAGGUUCCUCAGAUUUCCACCUUCUGGAAAACCUCAAGACAUCCUUUCAAAAAUGACAGUUCUCUGAGGAACAUUAGAUUUCAUAAGUUCCUGCAAGAACUGUAAAGAACAUCAAUCGUUCCUCCAGUAACCUCGCUGCAAUGAAAGAUUUUGAAGCACAUAAACUAUGUUGAAGUUCCUUAGGUGUGCAAUAUUUGAGUUUCAACCAUGAGAGCAACCAAGUCUUGAGUGCUGAAACCAAAAUGACAAUUAAACGUUGUAGAUGAUCAACUGCUGUAUUGCAAAUACUCUGUACAUCCCUGUAUGCAUAAUUGAAAGGAUUAGUUCACUUCCAGAAUAAAAAUUUCCUGAUAAUUUACUCACCCCCAUAUGAUCCCAGAUGUUCAUGUCUUUCUGAAAAAAUUAAGG